GGUGCGGGCGGAGCGCGGAGCUCGGGGCGGAGAGCGGUGCGGGGCUCGGAGCGCGGAGCGGUCGCUCCCGGCGCGGGGCCGCCAUGGCGUGGCCCUGCAUCACCCGUGCCUGCUGCAUCGCCCGCUUCUGGAACCAGCUGGACAAGGCGGACAUCGCCGUCCCGCUCGUUUUCACCAAGUACUCGGAGGCCACCGAUCAUCCCGCCGCGCCCCCGCCGCGCCCCGCGGCGCCCAUCGAGACCCAGCCAGGCGGCGAGGCGGCUGCGGGGGCCGGGGGAGCUGAGCCGGCUCCCGGUGCCGCCCGGCCCGGCCCGGCCCCGCACGCCUCUCCCCCGGCCGACUCGGUGAUGCGGCACGACUACAAGCCUUGGAAGGUGCAGCGGCCGGAGCCAAGCUGCAAGCCCAAGAGCGAGUACCAGCCCUCGGACACUCCCUUCGAGAAGGAGACGCAGUACCAGAAGGAUUUCCGUGCCUGGCCUAUCCCCAAGCGGGGCGACCAUCCCUGGAUCCCCAAACCGGGACCUUCCCCCGUCCUGGCCCUGGACCGCGCUCCCCCAGAGAAACCGGCUCAGGAGAAGCGGCGGAAGGUGCACAUCGCUCCCGAGAAGAAGGAGGAACACCCCGAGGUGGAGGAUGAGCAUCCCAAACCAGCGCGGCCCGGGGAUGGGAGAGACAAGGGUCGGAAGAAGGCGGAGGAGGCGGGCGGGCAGCCGGCGGAGCCGAGCAGGGGCCGGGCGGCUGCCGAUGCUGUCAACAGGCAGAUCAAAGAGGAGGUGGCGGCGGGGGUCAGCUCGUCCUACAGAAAUGAGUUCAGACCCUGGAUAGAUGUCAAGCCCGUGAAAGCCAUAAAAGCAAAACCCCAGUACAAGCCACCAGAGGAGAAAAUGACCCAUGAAACCAGUUACAGUGCUCAGUUCAAGGGGGAAACCAGUAAGCCUUCUCCAGCUGAUAACAAAUACCUGGAACGCAGAAGGAUACGCACUCUCUACUGUGAACCCUACAAAGAACCUCCAAAGGUGGAAAAGCCUAGCACAAAGCCUUCCAAACCAAAAAAGACCACAACAAGCCAUAAACCCUUGAAAAAGGCCAAAGACAAGCAGAUUGCAUCUGGCCGGGCUGCCAAGAAAAAGAGCGCCGAGACCUCCAACACUGCAAAGCCAGAAGAUAAGGAGAAAAGUAAAGAGAUGAACAAUAAACUGGCUGAGGCAAAAGAGUAAAUGUCACUGCACUUUCUUUCUCAUUUUUUUUCCUUUUCUUUCUUUCUUCCUUCCUUUUAUUUUUUUCCCCUUUGAUUAAAUAAAGGCCACAAAAUUAAUUAGAGGCUUCUAAUCUGCUUUUUGUUCUGAUUGUAUUAGAAGCUUUUCUGUUUUAUUUCCAAGGAGGAUUAGGAAAUCCUUGUUUCUGAGGUCAGGUUGUUCUGCUUUGCCUGCACGGCUCUGCACAGAGUGAGGGAUGUGAGAAUGUAUAAGCAGGGUCCUAAGAGAUGAAGGUGAUGGAUCAACAGUGAUUACAUCCAACAGCUUGUCCCUUUCCUUGGGCUUGGUUCUUCAGUGCUUUGACAGCAUGGAAGCGCCCAUUGAGCCAAGGAGGGCCUGUGCUCUCAUCCCAUGAGGCCCUUUUGGGUUGGCCAUUGUGUCAUCUCCCACUGGUGUCGCCUGGUAAAGGGGUUUGGAGGCAGAGAGGAUCAGGUUCAUUCCUGGUGCCAUGGAUAUGCUGUAAAUACACCAAAAUCAAUGGUGUGGCCAAGAAUGAUUUCCCCUUUUGACACUGAUGGGAAAUUUACUCCAAGAAGCAACAGGAAAGGAGAUCCCAUGGAAGUAAAGGGCCAAAUCCUCCCCAAGGGUAGUUGGGAGUACAUCUAGCUGCAUCAAGGCAACUUCACUCAUCAGUACCACUUGAAGUCCUUGAUUAAAAAAAAAAAAAAAAAAUUGGUGAGGGAAGGUGCAGUGAACAGUGAAGACUUUCCAGUCACAUGGCAGGUUAGGCUAGGUUAUCAGCAGGUCGUUCUUCCCUAGUGUUUCCCCUAAGUUAUGGAUCUUAUUAAUUAUUCCUGUUUUGCUUUGAAUCUUGAUCUGCUUUCUUCACUUCUGGGAUGCCAAUAGGCAGAGCUAGGUUUCAAAAAGUGGUUUAGUUUGCAGGCAUGACCUUCCAAGGGGUAGAAAGAAACGUGUCACCAAGGUUGGCUAGAGCUGUCAGCCCCCGUUGUGUCUAUUCUUCCAGCUGUUUAUGUUCAUGUUGGCUCAUGGGCAACUCAAGAGGGCCAUAAAAAAAGUUUCUGGGAUCCCUAGACUCCCUCCAGACAAGAUCUCAGGGUUUCAGUCCUAUUUACUGUGCUCUUACACUAGGAAAUCCCCAGGACCAGUUUGGAAGCCCUAAACACAGCAGGACCAUUUGUCAGCGAGUAUGAACUGGCCCAACAGAAUGGCAUUGCAUGCCAGACAGUCUGGGUCACUGGAUCAGUGGGAGAGUUGUGGUCCCAAUCCAAAUUUAUGUGCCUAACUUCUGGAUUGGGUCCUAAAUACAUAAGGAUUAAUUUUUGUCCCACCAAACCGAGCUGUUAGACUCUCCCAUAGCAGAGUAGCUGCAAUUUAAGAUGCAGGGCUCUCGUUCCUUAUUUUUGCAACUCCAAAUUUUCUCUCCUAAUAUGAAGUCCAGCUUGAAACUUCCAGUGGACAAUUGGGAAGCAUGAAGACAGAGAUAGGAAGUAGAGUUGGGAGGUGGUGUGUUGCUGUAGAGGUGGUGGAAUAAGGAAAGUCUUAUUGCUAGGGGUAUUUUAGAGAUAUGAAGCUAUCUAGCAGAAAAAUGGAUGGGUUGGGAGGGUGAGGAGUCCCUUUUUUGGGGUUUCAUCCCAUUAGAAUUAGUCUUUUGGAAACAUAAAUGAGUGGUGGGCUACAAGGUUGAGUGAAAGUUUCCAAUGAGGAGGAAAGCUCUGUGAUAUACAGAUAGUGACAUUUGCUGGCCUUAGUAAUGAAUAAAUGCCAAGUUCAGUGUAUCAUGUGAUGUGUCCUGUUUGCCUUGCGCUAACAGCCUAAACCUUUGAGUAUCAGUAAUUGUAGUGUUCUGAAUUCAGUGGUGUAAUCCCCAGCUUAGCUGUGUUAGAACUGUGUGCUAUGAGCUAGUCAGGUUGUGUAUGUGGAAAAUAUAUAUUCAUAUAUAGAAAUAUAUAUAUAUAUUUAAACCUCUGCUGUUUAGGAGGAAACCAGGGAAAAUCCUCCAGGAAGUAAAACUGUGGAAAUCUUUGUCAAUGUAGUGCUUUUUUUUUUUUCCUUUUUCUUUUCUUUUUUUUUUUAUGUGCAUGCCUCAUGGAGAUGCUGACCUGUCCAUACUGAUCAUUGCUUUUCUGAGUGCUCAGAAGCCCCUGCAGCACUGCUCAGCUCCAUGUCCAGAGCAGCUUGGCACAAGGCUUGUGUUGAGCUCACGGGGAGGCAUGCUGCCGUGCUGCUCACAGCUCUUCCAACCUGCCACAUAAGGGACAACUGGCCAGAGAAGAGCAGCUCCCAAGACUUGGUGUGAUUCCUUGGCUUUUAAGAGCUUCAUGUAUCUUCACACUUCUCAGUAAUGUCCUUUCCUACAGGAUGUAGCAUAAGCUGUGAUCAUGAUAUGUCACGGCAGGCAGAACACAUCAGGAAGGCACUAGACAGUUCAAAUGGCUCAACACACCAAUCCAAUAAGGACAGACCAUGCAAAACAAUUCUUCCUAUUAUUUUUCAGCCCUAAGUUUCACAUUUAAAGAUACACCACACUUGCCACCCUUUCACCUGGAAUUCAAUGAGAAUUUAGUCCUUGCCUUCAAGGUGAACUCAAUUUUGACCAAGGAACAUCACUAAGAUGCUCAGACCACCUAAUCCAAGCAUCUCCAUGGCUCUGGAUGAAUUGCUGAGUAUCCAACUUGGGAUGAUUUCUUCUUAAUGAAGAGCAUCUAUCACAGUGUUUGAAACAUACACAGUGAGUGGUCAAGAUAUAGCUUUCUGUUUCUGUAACACAUGGAGUCUAUUGGUGGCAGAGGGCUUGGAACUAGAAGGUCCCUUCCAACCCAAGCCAUUCCAUGAGCUCACUACAAAGCUAGGUAUGAAGUGUUAGCCAGUGGUUUUAAUUCCCUCUAUACUGAAGGGACUUCCCAAGGACCAUUGAGCUGCCUGCUUUUGACACUUGUCUUUGGGUGGGAUGAAUGGUCCUUGAAAGGUUUUCUUUGCAGAAAGAGCCUGGGAGACUGGUGAGGCCUGAAUACCUUCCUCUCACAUCAACAAAAUAGGAACAGAAAUCCUGGCUUGUGUUCCAUAUGCACCACAUCUGCAGCAUACAUCCAAGCACACACACAUCCAAGCACAUGGGCUGGCACUGCACUGAAUACCAGGAACUACAGCAGAGGCAAGCCUCAGGGUGAAAUCCUGCAUUGCUGUACCUUCCAUAGACUCUAUGCCCACCCAACCCACUCAGGUUUAUCAGAAAGGAGACCAAAUCUCUGCCAUUUCAAAUUCACUUUGGGCUCUGAACUUGUCAAUCCCACUGGGAAACAGUGCUCUGCUCUUCUGUGUUUCCAGCUACCACAAUGCUGAUUCUGUUCCACUGCUGAUUUGUAAUAUGUUUUACUUUUCUUGUAAAAAGAAAAAAAAAAGAAAUGUUUUGCUUUUUACCCUGUGAGAGUUCCUGUGCUAUUGCUUGCUUUCACAUUUUCACUGUAUUGUACUGUUACUCCUUUCUGCAAAAUGGUGCUAAUUGCUGACUGAGCUCCUGUUUUCUGACUGCUUUGCACACUGAUCACUUGCUUCUUCAUUUGCAGCACAGCCGGUGCCAAAACCUGGUGCCCAUGCAUUCCACAAACUCUUGCCUCUUGGAGGCAGAUAGGAAGUGUCUAAUUAAUAUUUUGUGGCCUGGGUUUGGUUGCGUAUCACAAAUUGUCUCUUGUAAACAUGUUAAGCACACCUCCUUGUGGUGCUUUUUCAUUGUUGAUAUUCUGAUGAGAGUCUCACACACACACACACACACACACACACACACACAUUAAUGUACCGCCAAUUGAUUGUGAUGUGCUUGUGAUCUUUGCUUGCUCAAAGGGUUCUUUUUCCAAUGAUAAAUAAAUGCUGAAGACAAAUACC